GGCGAAGGAGAAGCGGCGAUCUUUUGAGUAUGUAGCACCGGCCUGAGGGAAAAUGGGGCUGUAUCAGAGGUGUCGGCGGCUUCGGUUCCCAGGGUUACAUGCCUGCGGGCUGCACACGGUGCGUGAGGCAGCUGUGCCGACCCCUCCACACUGGUUGGUAGAGCGGCUUGGCUAUUUUGAGGAGCUAUGGACUGCUCAGGUAAAGAGGUUAGCAAGCAUGGCACAGGAGGAACAGCGGACUAUUAAGAUAUCACUUCCUGGAGGUCAGAAAGUCGAUGCUGUAGCAUGGAAGACAACUCCUUACCAACUAGCCCAGCAGACCAGUUCAAACCUGGCAGGUACUGCAGUGGCUGCUGAAGUGAAUGGAGAACCUUAUGAUCUGGAGCGGCCCUUGGAGACAGAUGCUGACCUCAGGUUUCUGACAUUCGAUUCUGCACAGGGGAAAGCGGUAUUCUGGCACUCCAGUACCCAUGUCCUGGGGGCAGCAGCUGAACAGCUUCUAGGUGCUGUCCUCUGCCAAGGCCCAAGCACAGAAUGUGGCUUUUACCAUGAUUUCUUCUUAGGAAAGGAACGGACAGUCAAGGGCUCAGAGCUGCCUGUUUUGGAACGGAUUUGCCAGGACCUUGCAGCUGCUGCUCAGCCCUUCCGGAGACUGGAGGCUUCCCAGGCUCAGCUUCGCCAGCUCUUCAAGGAUAACCCCUUUAAGCUUCGCUUGAUUGAGGAGAAGGUGACAGGCCCAACGGCAACAGUGUAUGGGUGUGGCAUGCUGGUUGACCUGUGCAGAGGCCCCCACCUUCGGCAUACUGGACAGAUCGGAGGCCUGAAGUUGCUGUCGGUCAGUCAUGAGGACUGGGUUAGCUUGAGAUGCCUGUGUUUUCACUGGAGUGAGUUGAGGAAGGGGAAGAACUCAUCAUCAGUGUGGAGGUUUCCAGGCGCCCCAGAGACGCUGCAGAGAGUGUCCGGCAUUUCCUUCCCCACUGCAGAGGAGCUGAGGGCCUGGGAAGAAUGGAGGGAGGACGCAGAGUUACGGGACCACCGGCGCAUUGGGAAGGAACAGGAGCUCUUCUUUUUCCAUGAACUGAGCCCUGGGAGCUGCUUCUUCCUGCCUCGAGGGACAAGGGUAUAUAAUGCACUGGUGGCUUUUAUCAGGGCUGAGUACACCCGCCGUGGUUUCUCAGAAGUGAAAACCCCUACGUUAUUUUCUACGAAGCUCUGGGAGCUGUCAGGGCACUGGAAGCAUUAUCGGGAAGACAUGUUUGCCCUGCAGCCACCAGGCCUGGACAGGCCCUCCAGCUCUCAGAGCGACCACUCUGCCAGCCCCGCCACAGACACACUCGCCCUCAAGCCCAUGAACUGCCCUGCACAUUGCCUAAUGUUCGCCCAUCGGCCCAGAUCCUGGCGAGAGCUGCCCCUGCGACUGGCCGACUUUGGGGCCCUGCACCGGGCUGAGGCCUCUGGCAGCCUGGGGGGCCUGACCCGGCUUCGGUGCUUCCAGCAGGAUGACGCCCACAUCUUCUGUGCACCAGAUCAGCUGCAGGCAGAGAUCCGAGGCUGUCUUGAUUUCCUCCACUCUGUCUACACCAUCCUUGGCUUUUCCUUCCACAUGGCACUGUCUACCCGGCCGUCUGGCUUCCUGGGAGAGCCUUGCCUUUGGGACCAGGCCGAGCAGGUCCUGCAGCAGGCCCUAGAAGAAUUUGGAGCACCGUGGGAUCUCAACCCUGGAGAUGGUGCGUUCUAUGGGCCUAAGAUUGAUGUGCACGUCCGCGAUGCCCUGGGUCGACCCCAUCAGUGUGGGACGAUCCAGCUUGAUUUCCAGCUGCCCCUGAGAUUUGAUCUCCAGUACAAGGGGCAGUCGGGGGCCCUAGAGCGUCCAGUCCUCAUUCAUCGCGCUGUGCUUGGCUCCGUGGAAAGGAUGUUGGGAGUGCUGGCGGAGAGCUGUGGAGGAAAAUGGCCACUGUGGCUGUCCCCGUUCCAGGUGGUGGUCAUCCCCGUGGGGACAGAGCAGGAGGAGUAUGCCAGAGAGGCACAGCAGAGCCUGCAAGCUGCGGGACUGGUCGGUGACCUGGACGCUGACUCGGGACUGACCCUCAGCCGGAAAAUCCGCCGGGCUCAGCUCGCACACUACAAUUUUCAGUUUGUGGUUGGCCAGAGAGAGCAGAGUAAGAGAACAGUGAACAUUCGGACUCGAGAUAAUCGUCGACUUGGAGAAUGGGACUUGGCCGAGGCUGUACAACGGCUACUGGAGCUGCAGGACACCAGGGUCCCAAAUGCUGAAGAAAUUUUCUGAGCAUUUGUAUAUAGAUGUGGCAAAGACCUGCAGGAGCCACCAGCCAUGCCUUAACUGACAGGUCUGGAGUCCCUCAGACUCCUCAGAACUCGGGUGAAGGCAUGAACUACUUUCAUGAAGAGAUUUGGUCUGGGAGAAGCUGUAGCUGUUUGGAUGUGAGGAGAGUGAAACUAAAUAAACUUGGGGAACUUCCCUGGUGGUCCAGUGGUGAAGACUUUGUGCUUUCAAUUCAGGGGCUUGGGUUCAACCCCUGGUCAGAGAACUAAGAUCUCACAUGCUGUAUGGUACAGCCAAAAAGUUAAAUAAAAACAGUA